UAUCCCUCCCUCUCAUCGCCAUCAUGGGUCACCAGAUUGUCCUGUACGACAUGACCACCAAGGUUGGCGCCUGGUCGGUGAAUACCUGGCGUACCCGGUACGCCCUGAAGUAUAAGGGCAUCCCAUUCACGACGACCUGGCUCGAGCUCUGCGAUGUCGAGCGCGAGAUGAUCGCCGCAGGCGCGCCCCCGUCCGGCAAAUGGGCCGACGGCCGCCCCAAGUAUACCGUGCCCACGAUCUACGACUCCCUCACCAAGGAGUACAUCACCGACUGCCACGAGAUCGCGCGCUACCUCGACAAGACGUACCCCGACAAGCCCCUGCUCUUCCCCCACAACACCUCUGGCCUGCAGCACGUCUUCACGGACACGAUGUUCCAGAAGGUCCCGUUUGCGUUCUUCCCCGCGAUCCUGGAGCACGGCUUCAAGAUCUUCAACGAGCGCACGCAGGCGUACUUCCGCGAGACGCGGGAGAAGAUCUUCGGGAAGAAGCUCGAGGAGAUCUGGGGCGAUGAGGCGGUUGUGGAGAAGGCGAAGGCGGAUGGGAAGGAAGGGCUUACGUGGGUGGAGGCGAUGGUCAAGGAGAACGGGGACAAUGCGUUGUUUCUGCUCGGUGACUCGCCUGUUGAUGCGGACUUCGCCAUUGCGUCCGUGUUCCAGUGGAUCAAGAAGGGCUACCCGGCGUUGUGGGAGGAGGUGAAGGGGCUGAAUGGAGGCCGAUGGGCGCGGUUCAUGGAAGCGAUGCAUCAGUACGAAGACGAGAACUAACUCACAAUGUAGAAUACGAAGUAAUCUGUUUAUGGUCUCCGAGAUGAAGGCGUGACCGAAGCUCAAUCAGCCUUGGCGAUUUGAAGGUACAAGCGUGUACAAUAGUAAUACAUGCCUGUUUCCAGAUAACUGACAGGCCAUUA